AAUGGGAAUGUAGACUGCUGAUGACGUAAAGGCUGCAAUGUAUGUCUCCAUGUAGGUGGCCGUCUCCGUUGUUAGGAGGCUCUGCUGCGUAUGUCCGGUGGGAUGAGUUAAAGAGGAUUGGUCCCAACUCCACACACAGUGUCCCCACAGUUUAUCAUCACCAGUGUCAGCUCCGAUCCAGCUAGUGUGUCCCUGAGACCUCUCUCGGGCAGAGCAGCAUCAUGGCUGCAGAUUCUGUCACUUCCAAUGCCCAGGCAUUAAUAAAUUACUACUGCCAGGAAAAGUAUUUUCAUCAUGUACAGACAUCGGCUAAUGAGGGUCUCAAGGAAUAUGUUAACGAUCCUGUAUUCCUUUUUUUCCGGGCCUUUGGCUUGUUAAUGGAAGAUCAGGUGUCUGAGUCCAUCCGUGAACUAGAAGCCAUAAAGGACAAGUCAGAUAUUUCACUAUGUUCUAUUAUGGCUUUAAUUUAUGCUCACAAGAAAAGUUCACAUCCAGACAGAGAAACCAUUCAGGAUCUGGAAAUGAGAAUGAAGGAUCAGCGGAAGACAGCGGGUCACAGAGCCUUAUAUUAUGCUGGGCUGUUCCUUUGGCAUGUUGGGCGACAUGAUAAAGCCCGAGAAUAUGUUGACAGGAUGGUCAAAAUAUCCAAUGGUAACAGAGAUGGAUUGAUUUUAAAAGGAUGGCUUGAUUUGUCCUGUGGGAGAGAAGCUUAUGCUAAAAAGGCUCUGAAGUACUUAGAGGAAGGACUGCAUGAUGGAAUGGAUGCAUUCGCUAUGAUGGGGAAGGCUUACUAUUACGAGUUGCGGCAAAAUUAUUCUGGUGCCUUGGAAGCUGUAAACGUAAUCAUAGCCAGCUACCCAGACUUUAUCCCUGCUCUCAUUAAGAAAAUGAAGUUACAGUUGGCAUUGCAAGAUUGGGAACAGACCGUAGAGACAGUGCUAAGAUUACUACGGAAGGACAGCCAUAAUCUGGAAGCCAUCAGGAUGCAGGCUCUUCAUUACUUGUGCAGAGAGGGGAAUGUUCAUGAGGCAUCAUCUAAACUGGGGGAUUUGCUAAAUGCUUUGGAUCAGUUUGAACCACACAAUGCUCACCUAUACUAUAGCAUGUCAUUAGCCUUUAGCAGGAUGUGUGAACGCAACCAGCGCAUCCUUCAACAAACCCAAACAUUGGUGGAACGUGCUGCAAGUUUGGCUCCCAGCAAUGCCACGAUUGCUACUGAACUUGGCUAUCAGUUUGUUCUACAAGGACGGGUUAAGGAAGCUUUAAAAUGGUACAAAACCGCGAUGACUCUCGACGAGUCCAAUGUUUCUGCACUUACUGGUAUUAUUCGAUGUCAGAUAAUCGAGGGACAGCUACAAUAUGCUGAUCAGCAGCUGGAAUUUUUGACGGAGAUUCAACAAUCUAUCGGAAAAUCUGGGGAAUUAUCUUACUUACAAGCUGUUAUGGCUAUGAAGAAGCAGAAGAAACAGGAAGAAGUGAUCCACUUGCUAAAUGAUGUCCUUGACAAUCACUUCUCUUCUCUGCAAGGUCUGCCACUUGGAAUCCAAUAUUUUGAGAGACUAAACCCAGAUUUCUUACUUGAAAUAAUAAGGGAAUAUCUCAUUUUUUGCCCUAACCAGCCUCCUACUCCAGGCCAGCCGGUGUCCCCCCUGCUAAAACAGUGCGCUUCUGUUCUGGAAACAGUAGUAAAGAUGGCUCCUGGUCUUCAACAAGCUGUGUUUCUGAUUGCAAAGGUGAAAUAUUUGUCAGGUGAUGUCGAAGCAGCUCACAGUAGCCUUCAACAUUGUCUGGAACAUAAUCCUUCAUGUGCUGAUGCUCAUCUUUUGAUGGCUCAAGUUUAUCUGUCCCAAGACAACAUAAAAUUGUGUUCUCAGUCAUUGGAGCUCUGUUUGAGUUACAGCUUUGAGAUACGUGAGUAUCCAUUAUACAACCUUCUAAAAGCCCAGACCCAGAAACGAAUGGGAGAAAUUCAGGAGGCUAUAAAAACACUGCAGAUCGCAAUGAACUUGCCGGGAAUGAGAAAAGGCGUAAACACUUCAAAAUCAAAAGGAAAAAAAAUAGAAAUCAGUGCAAGUGACAGAGUUUCCAUUUUUCUGGAGCUCGUUGAAGCUCACCGCAUGAAUGGAGAGCAGCAUGAAGCUGCAAAAAUAUUACAAGAUGCUCUUAAUGAAUUUACGGGGACUCCAGAAGAACUGCGUUUAAUGAUUGCUAAUGCUGAACUUGCCCUUGCUCAUGGGGAUGUAGAGCAAGCAUUAUCAAUGCUUAGAAAUGUCUCCCCAGAGCAGCCAUACUUCGUUCACGCCAAGGAGAAAAUGGCUGACAUUUAUCUCCAGCACAGAAAAGAUAAGAUGCUCUAUGUCAGCUGCUACAGGGAUCUAUUGGAGAAAGUGCCUGGUUCUCAUACAUAUCUCCUACUUGGGGAUGCUUACAUGAAUAUUCAAGAGCCUGAAAAAGCCAUUGAGAUAUACGAGCAGGCACUGAAAAAGAACCCUAAAGAUGGAACACUGGCCAGUAAGAUUGGAAAAGCGCUGAUCAAGACUCAUAACUAUGCUAAGGCAAUCAGUUACUAUGAAACUGCCCUGAAAAGUGGUCAGCAGAACUUCCUCCAUUAUGACUUGGCAGAACUAUUAUUAAAACUGAAGCAGUAUGAAAAAGCAGUGAAAGUGCUCCAACAAGCACUCAAUCAUGAGACGGUCAAUGAACUAUCUCCUCUAAUGGACGACAGCCGCUAUCAUGUGCUACUGGCAAAGAUUUAUAGUAAGAUGGAGAAGACAGAAGAAGCUAUUGUUUCAUUACAGAAGGCCCGGGAAUUACAAGCCAGGGUAUUGAAGAGAGCUCAGCUUGAGCAGCCAGACGCUGUCCCUUCCCAGAAGUCUCUGGCAGCAGAAAUCUGUGCAGAAAUCGCCAGACAUGCGGCAGCCCAGCGAGACUACGACAAAGCAAUCAAAUUUUACAAAGAAGCACUAGUCUACUGUGAAACAGACAAUAAGGUGAUAAUGGAGUUGGCACAUCUAUACCUUGCCCAAGAUGACAUAGACUCCUGCCAGCAGCAAUGUGCCCUGCUAUUGAAGAAUGACCAGCACAAUGAAGCUGCUACAAUGAUGAUGGCUGGCCUUAUGUUCAGGAAGCAGGAUUAUGAGCAAGCGGUAUUUCACUUCCAGCAGCUGUUGGAACGCAAGCCAGAUAAUUAUGCUACACUUUCUCGCUUGAUUGACCUUUUAAGAAGGGCUGAAAAACUUGAAGAAAUACCAAAAUAUCUAGAUCUGGCAGAGAAGUACUCAUCUAGAGCAAAACUAGAACCCGGAUUUCACUAUUGCAAAGGAUUAUACCUAUGGUACACCGGUGAGCCCAAUGAUGCACUGCGGCAUUUCAAUAAAGCUCGUAAAGAUAGUGACUGGGGGCAGAAUGCGGUCUAUAAUAUGAUUGAGAUCUGCCUGAAUCCAGAUAAUGAGACAGUGGGAGGAGAAGUGUUUGACAACCUGGAUGGUGACAUGGGGAAUUCCACAGAAAAACAAGAAUCUGUUCAACUCGCUGUCCGAACGGCGGAGAAGCUUCUUAAAGAACUAAAGCCGCAGACUAUCCAGGGUCAUAUACAGCUGCGGAUCAUGGAGAACUAUUGCCUGAUGGCUACCAAACAAAAAGCAACUGUAGAGCGCGCACUUAGCACAUUCACCGAAGUGGCCGCUGCAGAAAAAGACCAUGUGCCAGCACUGUUAGGUAUGGCCACUGCUUACAUGAUAUUGAAACAAACUCCAAGAGCACGAAACCAGUUGAAAAGAAUCUCCAAAAUGAACUGGAAUCCAAUAGACGCAGAAGAGUUUGAAAAGAGUCUGUUGCUCCUGGCGGACAUUUACAUUCAGUCUGGAAAGUACGAUAUGGCGGGUGAGCUGCUGAAACGCUGCCUCCGGCAUAACAGGUCCUGCUGCAAGGCUUACGAAUACACUGGCUACAUAAUGGAAAAAGAACAGGCAUAUAAAGAUGCAGCCAGCAACUAUGAAAUGGCCUGGAAGUUAGGAAACAGGACAAAUCCCACUGUUGGGUAUAAACUGGCUUUUAACUACCUGAAGGCCAAGAGAUAUGUUGAUGCAAUUGAUGUGUGUCAUAAGGUCUUAGAACUUCACCCAAAUUACCCAAAAAUAAGAAAAGACAUUCUUGACAAGUCAAGAGCUGCGUUAAGGACAUGAAGAAACGUGGAUUACUAAAAUACAGGAAUUUUCCAGUACAGGGUUCGUUAACAAGAAAGGCGAGAUCCUGAUAGGACUUACAUGCGUAUUGUUGCAUUUGCCAUGUGACAAAACAUAUCAUGCCUCUGUCUAUAUAAAACCAGCUUCAUUGUGUGCUACAUUUACCAUAACUUCCUGAGAAGCUAUACAGUUAUACUGUGGGAACAGCAGUUUUUAUUUAUUUGAAAAAAAAAUAUGUUUUUUUAUAGUUGAAAUUAUAUAUAGAAGUCAUGUUUUACUGGAGAUGGCGAAAAGGUGCUCGCCCUAACCCUUACCCUGUGUGCACUUGCGUAAACCGCCAGACACUACAUCAAACUCACCUCAGGUUCCUGUGGAUUGAACAAGUAUACCUGCACAUAGAGGUUUAGUAACGUAUUGUAUAUGCGGCAGCUGUAGCCGUGUAUUGUUAAAAGUGGUUAAAUAAAUGGGCGUCAGGCCAUCUUAUAAAUGAAAA